AUGAUUCAGGACCUUGAUAAUGAGGGAAGGAAAAUAGUGGAUGAAGAAAGAGAAGAAGAAGAAGAUGAAGAUAAUGGUGAUGCAGUUGAGGGUAGUUCCAUGGUGAAACGUAGGAGGGAUAGGUUGUUGGAAGAGGCUAGGAAUAGUGUUCCUGAAAGUGGGUCUGGGAGAGUGAUGCAUUUGGUUAAGGCCUUUGAGAAGCUUCUCUCUUUACACAAAACUAGUUACAAGGAGAAGGAUGAAAAGGAGGAGGAGGAGGAGGAAGAUGAGAAGCAACAUCAUCAUCAUCAUCAUGAUGGAGAGAAUAGUAAGAAUAAGGUGAUGAAAUGGGCAUUGCCAGGAUUGCAAUUGCAACAACCUCCUAAGGCUUCUGAAACUGAGGUUUCUGCUUCUGGUUCUUCUUUGUUUUGCUGCACUUCAGAGUUGGUUUUGACAUCCGAGAACCUUGGCUUGGAUAAAAGGGUUUCAGUUUCUUCUUCUUGGGAUAGUAGUCGUGGAAGUGUGUCUAGCAGGACUUCUGGGGGUCGAAGAAGCAGGAGAAAUAGCUUGGAAUCAUCUGGGACUUUAGGAGGAAAGAGGUGGAAGAAGAAGCAGCAGCUAAAAGUCACUAGCCAAAAACCAUUCAAGCUAAGAACAGAGCAAAGGGGAAAGUUGAAAGAAGAAGAAUUUACAAAGAAGGUGCAAGAGAUGAUGACAGAAGAAGAGAAGCUGAGAAUACCUAUUGCACAAGGUCUUCCAUGGACAACAGAUGAACCUGAGUGCUUGCUAAAACCUCCUGUGAAAGAAAGCACAAAGCCUAUUGACCUUAAGCUUCAUAGUGAUGUGAGGGCAAUUGAUCGCGCUGAAUUUGACCAUCAGGUGGCAGAAAAAAUGAGCUUGAUAGAACAACAAAAGUUUGAAAUGGAAAGACAAAAUAAGUUGGCAGAAGAGGAAGAGAUCAGAAGAUUGAGGAAGGCACUCAUCCCAAAAGCACAACCCAUGCCUUAUUUUGAUAGACCUUUUGUCCCAAGGAGGUCAAUGAAGCAUCCAACAAUACCUAGAGAACCCAAGUUUCACAUACCCCACCAUAAGAAGAUCAAGUGCUGCUUGUCAUGGAAUGACAUGAGCCCCUACUCCUCCUACCUCAACUAA